AUGUCCGAAAACUCUCUUCAUGGCCCUAGCGAAAUGAUACCGAAGUCACCGGAACUCGCCCGAUCUGGCAUUCCAACUGCCAGACGUGCCAACCACAACCUAUUUAUCACUUCUGAGAAGUCGAGUGUGUCUAUUCUUGAUCGAUGUGACUGA